AAAAGCAUCACGUGCACCACUCCAUUUCCAAUCCUCCUUUUCCUGUGUCUAUGGUGAGGGUAAGGUUUGCUCCCAGCCCCACUGGACUGCUCCAUCUGGGUGGUGUCAGGACUGCUCUCUACAACCUCCUCUUUGCCAGGGCCAACCAGGGAGCCACUAUUCUCAGACUGGAGGACACUGAUCAGGAUCGCUAUGUAUCUGGUUCAAUAGAAAAGUUAGAGCAGUCACUGAAAUGGCUGAAACUGAACUUUGAGGAAGGUCCGACAGUUGGAGGAAUAUACGGCCCCUACGUACAAUCGGAGAGACUCACACACUACAGAGACGCUGCUUCUAGCCUUCUCCACAGCGGAGCUGCCUAUCGCUGUUUUUGCUCCAAAGAGAGGCUCUCGUCCCUACGCUCUCAGGGGGUGGGCUACGAUGGUCACUGUAGAGGGUUGAGUCAACGGGAGGGGGAAGAAAGAGGGAAACAGGGAGUACACCACACUAUCAGACUCAAGGUUCCCACUGCGGGGGAUACGGUGAUACAGGACAUUGUGUAUGGGGAGGUGACUGUGCAGCACAGUGCUGUAGAGGACCAGGUGCUCUUGAAAAGCGAUGGUUACCCCACCUAUCAUCUAGCCAACGUGGUGGACGAUCACCUCAUGGAAAUCACUCAUGUACUCAGGGGAGAGGAGUGGCUGUUGUCCACUGCCAAGCACUUGCUGCUCUACUCUGCCAUGGAAUGGGAACCUCCUCGGUUUGUUCACCUCCCCCUUCUCUUGUCCAGCUCUGGUGGAAAACUGUCUAAACGGAACAAGGCUGCAUUCGUGGAGACGUAUCAGGAGAGAGGUUUUCUCCCUGAGGCAGUACUCAACUUUGUGGCCCUCCUAGGCUGGUCCCCUCCUACUACCGAGCUGCUUACACUCGACGACAUGAUACAGCUAUUCUCUCUGAAAGAUCUCAAUAAAAAAGGAUCUAUGGUCGACGAAAACAAGCUCCUCUGGUUGAACAAACAACACUUUAAGAGGAAAUUAGAAAACAGAGAAGAACUUGUUGCAUUGGUGGAUCAGCUACAACAAUGUGUGAAGAGCUGCUAUGCCGGUAUUUUAGGAGAUGGUGAUUUCAAACUAAGCAAAGGCUAUCUGGAGAAAGUUUUGCUACUGCUUGAGGAUAGAGUGAGCUUGGUCCCAGCAAUCCCUAAAGAGGCCUCGUUCUUUUGGGUUGAUCCAAAUUAUUCCACCACUGACCUCUCUACUCACAGCGCUAAUGCAGACACUGUCACUUUACUGAUGGAGUCACUCGGAUCAUGUGACUCGUUCACUAAACCACACCUUGACGGUGUGAUGAGGGAGGUGGCAAGUGGAUCAGGAGUGGCUUAUUCCAAAAUUAUGCAGUUCACGAGGACAAUUAUUACUGGUACAAAGAAGAGCCCCGGGUUGACAGCUGUUAUGGAACUGCUGGGACAAAAGACUGUGCUUAGGAGAAUAAAUAAUUUCAGAACUAAUUAAUUUAUUAUUUGUGAGUGAUUCAUUGUGCUAAUUUUUAAUUAAAAAACAAAAUUCUUUCCUGAAAGCUGAAA